AUGAAGGAGUACGACACGCUGACCCUGGACGACUGGACGAUGAACUUCAAUUUCAACGUCUUCACGAACACAGAGGGCCAGUACGUGCAGGACUACACCACGCUGCACCUGAACCGCCACCAGUGGAACAACUGCACGCUGGACUUGAAUUGCCACCUGGACUUAAAGGUCGACAUGAACGUGACCCUGGUGACGAGCGCCCUGAUCAUCAGUUUCCAGAUAGGACUCAUACAGAAAGGAACUCAACACGCACAGAACAUUGGUAAGCAGAACACCCUGGCCUCACUGGGCAUUCACGGGGCUACGAAGAAGGCCGAACGGAACAUCAAGAUCACGCAGUUAGACAUUUACGACGAGCGUGGCAAGCAGGUAGAUGCCAUCACGCAGGAGCACGAAAGCUACAAGCACAUUAUGGACUCCCUCAGGAAGAGCGGCCCCCCAGAGGACAAGAAAUGCCUGCAGGGGAUCGGGUCGCCAGCUCCGUCCCGCGCGCUGACGGCCCUAGAAGGACUGUGCAAGUGCGACGUGGGCGGCUCCAUGAAGGGUGCCAUCGAGGACGUCGAGGCGGAGACGGAGAUCAGCAAGGAAGAUAUCCUCGACGCCACCAACUUCGUGCGCCUGGAAAAGUGCUACGACCACGACAAGACGAAGCUGGUGAUCGGCGCGCUAGGCGCGCCCAUGUGGGAGGGCCAAAUUCUGAUCAGCCGCGCCCUCGAGGCCGAGGGCCAGGCGGUCCACCACCGCGACGUGGGCCCAGUGGGCUGGCUCGAGGAGGAGGCUAGAGACGCUCGAGCAGUGAACCCGUCUUUUUCUGCCAGAGCGAGCCUGCAGGCCACAAUGCAGGCCGCAGCGGAGAGGAGGCGUUUCAACGCCGCGUCAAUCUCGUUCGAGGCAAAGACCUCCCUGCCAGCAGCGGCACGGCACUGCUCUGAGCGCCUGGAGCCCAUCGGUGAGGUCGGCAGCCAGUCUGAGGCCAGGACGCGCGACCAGAGCAGGAACAUGAAGUUCGAGCGCGGCACCAGGGCGCCGUCAUCGUCGCCUGCGCGACCAGCAUCGGCGCCGCCAGUGGCCCGGCGAGACGCGCGCGGAGACUGGCGAGCUUUCGCCGCUGGCCGGCGCCAUCUCGUCGAGCCGGAGGACCCGCACCUUCGAGGCGCUCGACGAGGCGAUCGAGGCCGAGCGGUGAAGGCCCUCUUGUAG